CUUCAGUCCCCGUGACUCGCUCACACCCCGAGGCCGCGCCACCCACCCGCACGGGCGCACCCCGCCGCCGCCGCCGCCAGGGGCGGUGAAGGCGGCUAGGUUUACGCGCCACCCCCCCCACUGAUUCCCUUCCCCCAUCCGGCCCGGCCGCCCGGCGUCUCCUCCCCCUACCCUCCGCCCGCUCGCCCGCGGCCCCGCGCCGCUCCCAAUCGAAUCCGAUCCCCGCCCGCUCCCUUUCCGCUCUCGUAUUCCCCCACACCCCCACCCACCAAUCCGCACGCCACUCGCCGCAUCGCCUCCCCCAUUCCGCUCCCCGCACCAAUGGAGGCCAAAACCCUAACCCCUGACGCGGACGCGGAGGCGGACGCCGCCGCCCAGACCCUAGCCGCUGGGGAGCUCGUCUGGGCCAAGCCCUCCAAGCCGCGCCGCCACUGCUGGUGGCCCGCACGCAUGCUCGCCGCGUGCCCCGCCACUGGCACCGCCGCCCGGGACGCCCAGGUCUGCUACUUCGGCGGCCCCGCCCCCGCCCCCGCCGGCUCCGGCGUGCCGUCUGCGCCUCCCGCGCAGGUCCGGCGCUUCGCCGACCCGGACGCCGACGUGAUGGCGCAGGGCAGCGUCGCGCGCGUCUUCCUCGCGGCCGUCGAGGAGGCCCACGCGCGCGCCGUCGCGGCCCUGCGCACCCAGCUCACCUGCGGCUGCAUCCCGCCCCCGCCACCCGGGGAGGAGGGCGGCGGCGUCGGCGUCGUCGCCGAGGUCGCGAACCUGUCGCCCGCCGAGUUUCUCGCGGCGCUCCGCGAGGCCGCAUUGGGCGUGCGCGCCUCCCCCGUCGGCCUGGUGGACCGCGCCAGGCUCAAGAGCUGGGCCCGCGCGUUCGGGGAGGGGUGGGGUCCGGAUGGUGCGCGGCACUACCCGCGGCGCCCGCUGGAGGACCUUGUGGACAAGAUCGAUCUUGAUGUGCCCGCCGGCGAAGACAGAGAUGCUGACGAUUGGCUCGCUGAGGACGAGCGCAUGCCAUUGAAGAGACCACUGGAGACACCAGUGCAGAAGAAGCGCAGUGCCCCCUCAGUGAUGAAGGACCUGGAUAUGGUGGAGGAUGAGGACCAGAGUGACAGCCCUGGGCCUGUAACGUCCAGGAAGAGAGAGCGGAAGAAGAGUAAGUACCUCUCGCCUCCAUACACCAACUUGGGUGUGGAUGUGCUCCCCCGUAAGCCGGUUGGUACGCCAAAGGCAUCUGUGCCCAAAGCUGCUGAAGAUGGCAGUAAGGUAUUGCAAUUGCCAGACAGCAUUGUUGUGGAAGAUGUCUUGCUGCUUGUGCGGGGCUUAGGGAAGGACCCCCACCACAUGGUCAUUUUUCCAGAGGCUGCAGAGGGAUUUCUCCGUUUGUUUAGAAGCUCAGCGUUCGUAGAGGGUGAUGACUAUGCGUCUUAUAACACGCAUGAGUGUCCAGGGGUGUGUACCCUUAGAAAUGCCAGCAUGAAUAUUGCUCCGGGUCGGGUUUCUGAUUCACAUCCUGUUCUGGAACAAGAGAAGCGUGUGCCAAAGAGGGGCAGGAAAAAGGAUGGAGAUGGGAGUGGUGGCUCUUCCAUCAAGAGGAAGAAGCGGGAGAACACCUCUCCUGCACUUGGCUCUGGUAUACCAAUUACCCCUGCGGUUCCUAUCAGGCAAGUGAAAGCAGAAGAUAUAAGAACCCUAAUGAAGGCAGGAAACAGCGCAAGGGGUAUAGUUCAGGAUGAGAAAAACAAGCUAUCACUUUUCAAAUGUCCUGUUUCAGCUACAGUUCCUGGGGCAGCAAAACCAGGGCAUGAGCAGGUCAAAGAGAAUGAUAAAUCUAUUCUGGAGAAACCUCAGGCCUUGGGCAAUAUGCUGCCUGAAGAAACCACAAAAGAUAUUGAUGAGGCUAAAUUGGGGACAACAAAGUCAGAAACAAAUGUGCAAAAUGUUGCUGUAGGUGUGCCUGUCAGAAAUGUUCAGACAGAAACAAUGGAAUCAGAAGCUAAUAUUCACAUAGAUGUGAAUGCACAAAGUGUCAGUGCAGAUGUCCCUGUCGGAUGUGUUUCGAAGGAAGCAACAGAGCUAGAAGCUAGUUUACACAGCAACAAGAAUGUGCAAGGUAAUGUUACAGGUGUUCCGAAAAGAAUUGUUUCCAAGGAAGCAACAGAGUCAGGAGUUGAUACCAGCAUAGAUGAGAAUGUGCAAAGUGCUUUUGCAGGUGUGCCUGACAGAAGUGUUUCGAAGGAAGCAACAAAGUCAGAAGCAAAUAUUCACAUAGUUGAGAAUCUGCUAGGUGCUGUUGCAGAUGCGCCCAUCAGCAGUGGACCAUCUCCUAUGCAUGAUGACAUGGCCCAGCCCCAGCCUAUAGAUGAAAAUAAAGAGCCUGGAAGUGUAGAAGUGUGUACGGUCCAGCAAUCUUAUGCUUCUCUACAAGCCCUGGUGCCAGAAAUGCUUAAGAAAGAGAACACUAAUGGCACAGAUGUAAUCGCUAUGAAUCACGCACUCAAAGAGGAGUGUCCAAAGGAUGAAGCACCUGUCCAGAAGGUGAAGCUACCUGCUGGAGCUGCAUCAAAUCAUUCCUCUGGUGAAGCUGUGAACGGCACUUGCCCUGAUCCUGCUAAUCCUACUCCUAAUAAAAGGAAGAAGAAAACUGCACAGCACUUUGAGAAUCCAGCAGCCAUUCUGGUGGAGUUCACACCUGGUGUCAUUGUCCCUUCCAGAGAGGAGCUACUCUCCGCAUUUGGCAAGUAUGGCUACUUGAUAGAGUCUCAGACAGAAAUUGUAAAAGCUGACCGCAGUGCUCGUGUUGUGUUUGGGAAAAACACCGAAGCUGAGGUGGCAUACCGUAACCGAGAACUUCUUGGUCAUUUUGGGGCUCCAUUUGCAACACUAAGUCUCCAGUAUCUUCCUCCGAUCAAGUUGAGUGUGCCUUCUCCAUCUCCUUCGCCUUCACCUUCACCAUCUCUUGCUUCCAAGCCUCCACUGACAGAUAUCAGGAAGAACCUUGAGAAUAUGAUUGCAGCCCGUCUUUCAGCUCUAAACAAGGCAACCCCAUCGGACGGGUUAAAUUCUGUCACAGAUAAGCUUCUGGGGGAUAUGCAGGGCCUUUUGGCAAAGGUUGACAAGAUACUCAGUGAGCCAUCUGCUAAUACUGCUCCUUAACUGUGCCAUGCUGUGAGAAUUAUGGCUGUAACCUUUUGGUAGUUAGAGAACGUAGUGUUUCAGUGUCUGUUGGCUGUGCUGUUAGUUGUAGCUACUUCAUUUUAAGUUUAUGAUGAACUAUAUCAUGUGGCCAUUUCAGCAGCUGUGGUUCGGAACUCCUCUGAAUGCUAGGGGGCUACUGUGUCACUGCGUCGUGUAUUAUAUGCCAAUAAAAGGUCGCAGCUUUUUCUGGUGCC